UAUAUAGCUCAUUGCUUUCUUACCAUGUUUGUGAAAGGAAAAAAAGGUGUCAAAGGUUAGGCUAAGUGGCAUUCACCUGUAGUAAUGCCCCCAGCCGCACAAUAAUGAAACUUGAACUGAAAAGCUUUGUUGUAGUUUCUCUUCAGCCGCAGUGACACAGGAAUUACUGCGCUGGAGACCGUUGCUACGGGCAACCGCGGCUCUCAGGUGCUCGUCUUCAUCUGUGUGUAGCAGCAGAGACGAGACAUGACCUGAAGUGAAACGUUUUUAAAGCUGCACACACUGUGAAGACUUUUCUGACGGAGAUGACUGACAUACUGCGGCUGGUGCCAGAAGCGGACAGACGGAUUUUACCAACUCUCUCCCGGCUCUCUGAAAACGAUAUUAACUGUAUUUGGGCUGAUGUAUCCGGAUACAUUGAACGUCACAUGACCUUGCAGAAGGGGGUCCACCUGGCAGGACUGGGGACCUUCACCUUCUCUCAGCAGAAGUUGGAUAUAGGAAACAAAUUCAGAAUGAUCCAAAGACCCAUCUUCCUCCUGACUGGAAAACUAGUCCAGUCUCUGGGUUUAAAGCAGGUCAGACCCCUGGCUGCAGGUGAGCACAUUUUAGAAGAUGAACCUGAGGGUUUAUUUCACCAUAAACUCAUAUGUGAAGUUCCCCAACAGAGAGAAUCUAAAUCCCAUCAGCCACUGCAGCCAGCCACGAUGAAAGCUGUCAGCCUCUCUGAAGAACUGAAUCCAAACCCUCCCAUGGAGGCCACAGACAAGCCUUCUGCCUCCACCACACCACCAGAAGUCACACCCAAACUGGAGGAAGCUCGUGGGAACGUUAGCUGCUCUGGUCACACCCGUGCUGGACAGGAGCUGUGCUACCUUUGUAUGCAGCGAGCCCUACGAAAUGUUCCCGUCUACCUGAGGGAGCAGCAGCAGGCAGAGGAGAAAGCUCAGGAGAAACUCUUACUGCUUAAAGAACAGCAAAGAGAUAAGCAGUACAUGGACAGAGAACAGGAGAAGCUGAAUGAGCAACGUGAGCAUGCAAAGCAGGUCGCCACAUUCAACCUGCAAAUGUCAGAGAAGAAAGAGAAGAUUCCUUGCCCUCUCUUACCUACUUCGUUCGUCUUCCCGGCUCGGCCCCUCACUCCUGCCAGGAGGAUCCAGCAGUAUCGUUACAAGAACGAUCUUCAGAGCCAGAUAGAGACCCGGCGGCAACACGAGGCUCGAGACCAGCAGAACCGUCAACUAAUGGAACGUCUAGACCAGGUUCAGCUGGUCCAGGAGGUAGCUUUGCAGAGGGCCCAGCAGCUCCAGCAGAAACACGAGAGAACUACACAUUACAAGAAGGCUCUGGACGCACAGGUAGAAGAUAAAAAGAGCACAGACCCUCCAGAGUGCCAGGCUGAAAACUCCAGGUUCAACCGCUGUGAGACACCAGCCAGCAACACAGAGAGCCUGGAGAGGGCACAGAAGCUCUUUCAGGUAAAUUUCAGCACUGCCACUCAGAGGAAGAAGGAAGAACUAGACAACCGCCAAAAACAGCUGGAGAAGGAGAGAGAAAUUCUCAAAAACAACAAAAUGGAGCUGAUAUUAGACCGCAUUAAUCACUUUGAGAAAAGAAAGGACUUCAGUAAGUCACUACGGGACGAGUGGGGUCGCAGCGCAAAGCUCAAACACCAACGGGAGGAAGAGGAGAGACGCUUUCUGAGGUCUGCUGGUCAGCUCCUGGUAGAUAAACUUGCACAGUACAGGCGCUGCUGUCAGUGUAAGAGGAGGACCACCAACUGCGGAGAGACCAACAUCUGGAAAGACUCUCAUUACCUCUCUGGCUCACAGUUCAUGAUCUGAGGAACAUUAUAGCCUGCAACAGCACAAGAACAUCAAUACCUCAAAGCCUCAGCAAGACCUCUAGCCUGAUAACUCCUCAUGUCACGCUUUUUGAAGUUUUUGGAGUGCAGUAUCCUCUAUUUUAAUGUGAUUUAUUCCUGCUCCUUUCUUAAUUGAGUCUUCAGAGUUCAUGUUUGCUUAGUUUUUUUUGCUAGAUUAAGGUUAUCAAAAUAUAUGUCUUAAGAAUGCAUGUUAAAAUUCUCACCCAUAACAUAUCCAGUUAAUUAACAUUAUGGUUUUUUUUUGUCACUAUCUUAACCAUUUUU